AUGACCCUUCUUGAUUACCCUGUUCCAGAGUUGGAUGUUACCUUGCAAGAAGUGGGCCGUGUCCUGCAGCUCACUUUAAGUCCUGACCUUUACCCUGAGUUCAAAAUCGCGCUGGAGCAGCAGAGGGAGCACCUUCAAGAGGCCCAGCAGAAAUUAGCAACUAGAGCUGCAGGACAGGAGAACUGGGUGACAGAGCAAUUUAAGAGAGGUCUGCUGUCAUGUGCUGACCCCCUGCCCACCUCCACAGCCCUCCCUGUUGUUCUUCUUCCAUCCAAAGCAAAGAGAUGUACCCAGCUGGGGAGGGCAGCUGCUCUACUCUGGGCAGCAGCAAAGCUGUACAGUGAGCCCUUGUUACUGGAGGGUGAUGUGCCAAUGGAGCGCACACAGCAGUCUGAGGUAUUUGCUGCCAGCCGAAUUCCUGGCAGGAAUCAAGAUCAAAUUAAGGUCUACCCAGAUAGCCUCCAUGCCAUCAUCACCUGUGUUGGAGGAGUGUUCCCUGUUGACAUACUCUGGCGUCCCAGCACUGGUGGGCCAGUUUCUGCUAGACCAUUCAUUGACAUCUACAACCAACUGGCUCAGGUGAUGGAUCACCCCAGCGCAGGAAAACAGAAUGAUCCUUCUGCCAUUUGCAGCCUCUCAGCUCUGCAGCGUAGGGCCUGGGCUUCAAUCAGGGAAGGGAUCCUGGGGCAAGAAGGGGAAGCAGCAGCAUCACUGGGGCUGAUGGAGAGUGCUGUGCUAACACUCUGUCUGGAAGAUCGGAAUGCACCUUCUGAACUGGCUGAUAUCCUCAAUGCAGUGAGGCUGGGAGGAGGAGGAGACAGUCCACGUCUGAGAUAUUAUGAUAAGGUGGUGAACCUGGUGGUGUUCAAGGACAGUACAGCUGGGAUGGUGUUUGAGCACAGUGCUGUGGAUGGGAUGGUGGCUGGGCUUGUGACUGAGCGUGUGUACAAUCUGUCUGAGACUGCUGACUUAAACCUAGUCCAUACUGAAUCAGAAAAUGUGAAUGGAGGGCAGAGAGGCCUGUAUGAUGCCUGGAUCAACUUUUCUUUGCAGCUUUCCCUGAGGCAGACUCUUGGGGAAUCGGCUGCCAGUCACAUACUUGUCACACCUACCCAUAUGCGCCACUACAAACAUGGCCGAUGUGAUCCUACAUACUCACUCACCAUGCAUUCUCGCAAGUUAAUAGGUGCCUUGGCAUCCUGCGCUGGCCCAGAUAACAAAAUCCAAUACACUACUGACAUCCUAAACUUGUUCCAUGUUGCAUUUUUGGAGCAUAAGAACCUCAUCAGAAACACUAAAAGUGGUCAAGGUGUUGGUCCACACCUAGCUGCCCUGCGUCGAUCUUUACCAUCUGACAAUCCACUGAAGAAGUUCCUGGACCCCUUUGGGUGUCCUUCUGUGUACCUCACUGGUACAGAUCUGAUGGAGGGUGUAGAGUGUGGAGUAGGGAAUGUUUAUGCCCAAGAUCAGCUGGCUGUAACCUACCUUGGAAAAAGAGACAAGGUUCGCAUCGUGCUUAAUGGGAAAGGGAGCUUUGCUCUGACAUUGGAGAAGGUUCAAGAAAACCUGAAGACAAAUCUGAAGUUAGUGAUGCUUCUAGCUGUUAGAUAUGCCAUUGCAAGCCAGAUGGGAGCCCUGGAGUGUCUACUCGAACAAGGUCAAACAGAGAAAAUGAUUGUAGAGACAUAUCAAUGUCCACAGAGCCCAAAAAAUGGCAAAAGCACUGGUAAUUCCACCACGGGCAAGAGUCCAAAUUAUUCUCUGGUGAUCCAUGGUGGAGCAGGAGAAGAGAUGAUGUUGAACAUGCAAGUGAUUGGGGUUAUUGAGUUUGCUCUAGAGACAGCCUUAAAGCUUGGAUCCCAAGUGCUUCAACAAGGUGGCAGGAGUCUGGAUGCAGUUCAGAGGUCAGUGGAAGCUCUGGAGGACUGCUUACUGUUCAAUGCGGGUAAAGGCUCGGUAUUCAACAAAGAUGGCAAAAAUGAACUGGAAGCAACCAUUGUAGAUGGCAGUGCAGUGAGGUCAGGAUCUGUUGCUUGUCUGCAAAGUGUGAAGAAUCCAAUAAAAGCAGCCAGAUGUGUCAUGGAGAAAAGCUCACAUUCACUUAUUGUAGGAGAUGGUGCUGAGGAGUUUCUGCAAGGGCUGGAGGAGAAGGAGAAGCCUGUUGGGCAAGAGUAUUUCUACACUGAUAUACGUCACAGAGAGUUAACUGCAAAGCUCAGUGGUGGAAAUCCCUCAAAAAACAAUCACCCUCAGACAGUUGGAGCUGUGGCAUUGGAUCACUGGCAUCGGUUGGCUGCUGCAACCUCCACAGGUGGGUUAGUAGGAAAGCUGAAAGGGCGAGUUGGGGAUACAGCAGUAGUAGGGGCAGGAAUAUAUGCUGACGACAAGUUGGCUAUCACCUGCUCUGGAGAUGGAGAUGUAUUUCUGAGGCACACAGUUUCCCAGAAAAUAGCCAGUCUCUACCAUUACAAAGGGUAUAGCCUUAGGCAGGCAUGCAGAGAAGUGAUGGCUGAAAAUCUAAAUGGGAUCUGUGCAGGUAUCAUUGCUGUGGACACAAAAGGUGAAGUCAUCAUUGAAACAAAUGCUGAUGUUAUGUUUGUGGCCUCAAUGAUAAAUGGCAUUUCAAGAGUAGAGGUCCUCAGGCCCCUGAAAAGCUUCUCUGAUGUGAUCUGGGAAACAGACGAGCUGGUUGCCUACCUGAAUCCCAACCCCUGGAUCCCUGGAUCAACCAUUCUGACUAGAAAAACUCUCAGUGGGGCAAGCAGCAUCUUUCACUCGGCCACACCUGACUUUGUGUCUAUGCUACAAGGAGCAAGAGUGGUGUCAAGCUUACUAUGUGAGCGAUUGGGAGUGCAGCGCUGUGCCUUGGUUUUCUAUCCAACCCCUGAUCAUCCUGCACAAAUCAAACUGCUCCCACUUCAUGGCCUAGAGCCAAAUUGGCAGCGCCAUCUUGCUGGUGAAGAGGAAUUCCAUGCUUACGAUCCUGGCUACUGCACCUCAAAAAGUGCCCCGGGCUGGGAUGACAAAGCACUGGCCCAGAUUCAAGCCAAGAUUAGAAACAGAUUGCCAACACCAAAUGCACCUUCUUGCUUUGACUUUUAUGGGGACCCUUCUAAUGAUAACCUUUUCAGCCGUAUUGUACGUGGAGAGCAGCAGCAGUGGAGGGUAUGGGAAGACAAUGACCAUGUGGCCUUCCUCACACCAUUCCCAAACACUCCUGGACUUACUGUUGUGGUGCCACGCAAACCAUUGUCCAGUGACAUCUUCAGACUGGAUGAAGCUGACUACAACGCACUGAUCUUAGCCACUCAUAAAGUUGCCCGACUACUGGAAGAGGGAAUGAGAGCUCGAGGUGUUGCACUGAUCUUUGAGGGCUUUGAGAUUGACUAUGCUCAUGUCAAGCUAAUCCCUCUGUUACCUUCACCAGAUGGCACCAAGCCUGCUGAGCUGCAACAAGAAUACUUUCAAAGCUACCCUGGAUAUGUGUCAUCGCUGGAUGGUCCAGCUGCUGACCCUGAGGCCCUCAAAACGAUCUACUUAAAAAUCAUCAAGUGCAGGCCUCCUCAUUCAUGGGAAGACCCUCACUCCCACUCUGCACUUGCCAUCAAGAGCCAGUGGUAUCGCAACCUAUUCCAGAUUCAAAACACUCUUUUCCACAGCACAGUGGAAUACUUCCAAAGUUCCUGCCAGUACUCCUACGCUCUGACCCCUCUCACCACAGACACCAUUUCCUCACCAAUGGGCCUGGGAUCUGACUCAGAACCAGUUUCUAUUAACCUGCUGGGCCAGGACAUCUACCUGGCUGACUCAAUGCAAUUUGUGCUUGAAUACUUCCUUCGCUUCCAGGAGAACCUGCCGGGGACCUAUUACAUAUCUCCCAGCUUUAGAGGAGAAGAUCCUGAUGCCACACACUUGAACCAGUUCUACCAUGUGGAGUGUGAGCUGCUGGGUGACAUGGACAAUGCCAUUUCCACAGCAGAGGGAUACCUGGCUCAUCUCACCAAAUCCAUGUUUAAUAAACACUCCAAUAUAAUUCUCAACACUGCUGGGACUCUUACACAUGUCACAGCCAUGCUCAGUAAGCUGGAUGGAAAAACCGCACUACCAAGAGUCCCUCUAGACAAGGCCAUUCCCAUGAUGCCCUCUGCUGACUGUGUAGAGUGGGUCCAAGAUGGUCAGCCGAAGUUUGGCAGAAAGCUAACACGCAAAGGAGAGCGGGUCUUGAUUGAGAAAUAUGGUGGUGCUGUUUGGCUGACUGAGAUGGACCAUCUUGGAGUUCCAUUCUACCAGGCGUAUGUGGAGGGAACUGGGCAGUGCAAAGCCAAAGCUGCUGACCUUCUGCUGGGGCUGGGUGAGACUGUCGGUCUUGGUGAACGUCAUUCCACCCCUGAGAUGGUACAAGAGGCUCUCAGGCACCAUGCAGUCCCUGAGCAGUCCUACAAAUGGUACAUUAACAUGCGCCAAGUAAAACCACUCCUCACCAGUGGAUGGGGCAUGGGGACGGAGCGCUACUUGUGUUGGCUUCUUCAGCAUGAUGACAUUAGAGAUAUACAUAUCAUACCUCGGAUGAAAGGAAUGAAAUACAUGCCUUGA